UAUCAUCAGUAGUUGUAGUACCAGUUAGUGACCAGUUAGCCACCAUAUCCAUUUUGUGAUUAUUGACAUUAAUUUCACAGAACGGUACAAGAGUGUAUCGAAGAGAAGAUUUGACACCGUCAAUUAAAUUGAUAGGAACAAAAGAUGCCGAAAAAUAACACAAAAGGCAAAAAUGCCUUCCAUUUUUUUAUGCUUGACUGGAAAAGGAAACAAGAAAAAUGUGGCAAAGUAUUUAAAAAUGGUUUAAAAGAUGUUGCAACGGAUCCUCAGUGCAGUGAAGACUGGAAGAAUCUAGCUCCACAUCUAAAAGGUGAAUACAAGGCUAAGGCAAAGGAGAGCAAGGUUUUACCUCAAAGAAUAUCGUCUAAGCAAACAACAAUUGGAGAAAAUAUAGAAGAGAUUUUACUAGAGCAAAAAAGGGAAGAACAGUUUCAACAAAAUAUGAUUCAAUACAUAAAUGCUAUAAUUGCUAUUGGUACUCAACAUAAGAACUUGGAGAAACUGAAGUUCAUAUUUAUACAUGUGAAUAAGUUUUACAGAAGAGAAAUAGGUAUUAAUAAGUUUGACUUCUGUCCUGCUGAAUUUGCAAUAGGAGAGUUUAGUUUAGAAGAUGGUAUGGCAAAUAUAUACCAUGAGAUCAUCAGUUCAAAGAUUCCAUUAGGAUGGAAAAGGGAUGCGCUUGAAACUAGUUCAGAAACACAUAAAAUACCUAUAAAUAUGUCAGGUGGACAAAACGAUUUUGCAUAUAUGUACGAAAGAGUGGUUAACAUUCUAAAAUCCAACAUGACUGGCAUUAAGUUUCCUCCUCUAUUUACAGUAAGGGAUGUAGUUCCUGUUGUAAAAUCAUUACUAAGCAGAAUGACUGAAGCCACCAAUACGAGUAUGGACGACUUUGUCGUAUACACAUUAGAAACUCUGUUCGGAGAAUUAAGAAAUGCUGCUACGCAGCACGUCGAUGAUAUUAGCAUACCUCUAGUCGUAGCAGAAAAUGAAUUCAAAAAAGACGUAUUUGCUUCUACACGUGGUCUCGAAUGCGAUUACCACAAAAACAUUGAAGACUCAUCGCAAUACUGCAGUAUGUCCAUCAUAAAACGGUGGUGCUUCACAAUAUGUGAUUAUUGCUGCGAAUAUAUGAAUAUACCAAUGAUCCAAGGUGUCCAUUACCCUGUUUCGGAGAAAUGUUCGAAUUCCACUAUUCUAGAAUCUCUAGGAAAUCUGACUAUUAAUGACAGUGUCAAUGUGGUUUCUAUGACUGGAGUUACAGAAGAACACAGGCUGAAAGUAUCUGGACGAACUUAUACAGAAGAGCAACGACGACGUAACCUAAGCCAACCAGUAAACAUAAUUGAUCACAGUAAAACUUACUCGUUAAAUAAUUCAAUUAUUCCUGGACGACCAUUGCGACCUCCUAAAACGACUGCGCAAGCUAUAAUCAAAGUGGACGACACUAGUAUCGAGAAUAAUUAUACAAUCAAUAUUUUGAAAGAUAUGGACUUUCCAGCUCUUGGAGGAAGAGGAAUAAGUUUAGCCAAAAAUAAAAUGCCUAUUAAAGUUCCGUUGGGAAAAGGACGUGGAAAAUGCUAACCAUAUAAAAAGUAUAUGGUAUCUACAUGUUUUUACCAUAUUUGACUUCGUAUAUUAUUAUCUUUAAGAAAUAAAGCAGUGUUGAGCAAAGUGUUUCAUCAAGGUUUGAUGAAAGAGAAUGUUUUAUUUCAAAUGCAGUUUACUAUAACUGCAUAAAAAAAUUAAGUAUAUCAUCUAUAUACUUUUCUAUAUUUGUAUCAAUUUUAUUGAUCCAAGUAAAAAUGUGAAAUUUUAUCUUAAAUGCUUAAGAAUACCGAAUAUUAUUUCAUGAAAUUUUGUAACCACUAUAAUAAACAUGUCUCAUAGAUGUAUAAAAUAAUGAAAUAUAAUACU